AUGUUUAGAUGCCCCAAAGCUUGGUUUCGGAAACUAUCCGGCUUCGAUUUACAUGACAACAAUCUACGUCAUACAAGUGUAGCAACUUCGGUAACACUGUCCGUAUUACCUCCAUUUUUUCCUUCUUCGAGGACAAACUAUGUGCCUGGACGAUACUCGCUUCGAAGAUUCCGCUUCCCUGUGUCACUGCGUCUACCACUCGACAAAGAGAAUUCGUGCAGAUCUCGUCUAUGACCCAACAUUGGCUGGCGGUUGCAAGCUCCUCUUCAGGAAAGCUCUCUGUUGCCUUGUAAUACAGCUCUGCUUGUUCCAGGCCUGUUAGUAGUUCCUUUUCGCGCGUCAUCUUGGCCACCAUGCGCUCUCUCAUCAGAGCUUCUACCGCAUCCUCAGCUAAUGAUAUGUACUGCGACUGUAUGUUGCUAUAAAUAUCUUCCAUGAGACAGGAGAGCAUGUCA